GAAAGUUCGCAUGUCAUAGCAUUGCGCGGGCUGGGCUCGAAAAAGAGGAUUUGUAGUGCCAGGACCGUCAACUGCCGGGUUUUUGUACGGCUACCGUUCAAGGGCUUCCUCGACGCAGUCACGAUGAAGAACGGGCUAUUACUACCCUUGCGAUUCCUUCGCAGCACCAGCUUCCUGGGCGCAAACCAAGCACGAUGGCUUCACAAGACGAGACCGGCUCCGACAAUCCCGCAGCCUAGACCAUUCGUCCCCGACGUCCAGACCUUCCUCACGCUCAUUGGCCGCGGCCUCAACAAGCACGCCUCCAAGUUCCCGUCAUGGGAGUCUCUCUUCUCCCUCACCUCGCCACAACUCAAGGAGCUUGGAAUCGAGCCUCCCCGAAACCGCAGAUACCUGUUGCAGUGGAUGCAGAGGUACCGAAAGGGUGCGUUGGGACCUGGCGGAGACUUCAAGUACGUCACGGACGGCCAAGCUCUGCUGAAAGUAGCAACACCACCGGCCUCUGUUGUCAGCGAUGCGAAAUAUGUGGUCAAUGUGCCUCAGGACCAGGAGGCAGCUCUGGAGGGUUCUGAAGUCCUCCCUCGACCCAAUGGCUACACAGUUAGAGGACUCAAGUCAAUAGCGGGGCCGUUUGCGACACCCUUGCCGCAACAGGCCGGUGCAAUUGUCAAGGUUACGGAGGGCAUGUGGGAGCAACGUCAAGGACGCAAGAUUGAUGGUGGUGAGAGAAGAAGGGCGGAGAUUCGCUUCAAGAGACGGUCAGUAGAGCGGAGAGCUGAGCGCGAGGCGGAAGCGUUGUCAGGCUUCUAAAAGGGAGGACGCUUGAUGGCUAGCGCAUUGUAUAUUACGAAAACUCUGUAACCAAUUGUUGUUAUUCUAGUGCUAGCAAUUAAAGCAUUGCCAUCUCA